AAUAAUAAUAAUAAUAAUAAUAAUAAUAAUAAUAAUAAUAAUAAUAAUAAUAAUAAUAAUAAUAAUAAUAAUAAUAAUAAUAAUAAUAAUAAUAAUAAUAAUAAUAAUAAUAAUAAUAAUAAUAAUAAGGCGGAAUCUGGUGACAACGUUCAGCAACGAUUCUAUAAUAAUAAUAAUAAUAAUAAUAAUAAUAAUAAUAAUAAUAAUAAUAAUAAUAAUAAUAAUAAUAAUAAUAAUAAUAAUAAUAAUAAUAAUAAUAAUAAUAAUAAUAAUAAUAAUAAUAAUAAUAAUAAUAAUAAUAAUAAUAAUAAUAAUAAUAAUAAUAAUAAUAAUAAUAAUAAUAAUAAUAAUAAUAAUAAUAAUAAUAAUAAUAAUAAUAAUAAUAAUAAUAAUAAUAAUAAUAAUAAUAAUAAUAAUAAUAAUAAUAAUAAUAAUAAUAAUAAUAAUAAUAAUAAUAAUAAUAAUAAUAAUAAUAAUAAUAAUAAUAAUAAUAAUAAUAAUAAUAAUAAUAAUAAUAAUAAUAAUAAUAAUAAUAAUAAUAAUAAUAAUAAUAAUAAUAAUAAUAAUAAUAAUAAUGUGUACGUUAUGGUGGCAUUUCUCUUUCAUGCGGCUGGUCACUUUAGCCAUGCUCUGAAUUACGAGAAGAUCGAACGGGAGUAUUCCUGCUUCAGACAUAACUGCAGGAGUCGGGCUCGUAACGUAUGCUCCAAUGGCAAAUCGGACCAUUUUGUUGUAGGUGGGCGCAAGGAUUUGAUGGACGGCCUGGCCUGCUCUACUUACCAAGCCAAUACCGUAGAGAAGGCGCGAGGUAACGAUUGCCGAUCCGAUUUGCAGUAG